AUGACCAUGUGUAGCGGAGCGAGGCUGGCCUUGCUGGUCUAUGGCAUCAUAAUGCACAGCAGCGUCUUUUGCUCACCUGCAGCUGCUGGACUCCGAUUUCCCGGGAUCAGGCCUGAGGACGAGGCUUACGACGAAGACGGAAGCCCCCUGCAAGAUUUCUACGACUCGGACCCUCCCGGCGCAGGGAGCCCCGCCUCCGCGCUGCACGACGCCUAUGCACUGUACUACCCCGGGGAGCGGAGAGAUGUAGCCCUCGGGAUCCUUAACAAGGCCUACCGCAAGGUGCUGGACCAGCUGUCCGCCAGGAAGUACCUGCAGACUCUCAUGGCCAAAGGCAUGGGUGAAAACCUGGGCGGCGGCCCGGAGGACGACUUGGAGCCGCUCUCCAAGCGCCACUCGGACGGGAUUUUUACAGACAGCUACAGUCGCUACCGGAAACAAAUGGCUGUUAAGAAAUACUUGGCGGCCGUCCUAGGGAAAAGGUAUAAACAAAGGGUUAAAAACAAAGGACGCAGAAUAGCGUAUUUGUAG